AUGUCAUCGGGUCAGCGGGUGUGGCACGUGGCCAUGCGGGCCCCCAGCCGGAGCAGCUCCACAACCUCGACGCCCAGGUCCCCCAGCUCGGCCAGCAGCCCCAGGUCCCCUGGCACCCCUGGCUCAGAGAAGGUGGCCUCCCCGCUGGAGUGCUCCAUCUGCUUCUCGGGCUAUGACAACAUCUUUAAGACGCCCAAAGAGCUCUCCUGCAGCCACAUCUUCUGCCUGGAGUGCCUGGCCCGGCUGGCGGCCGCCCAGCCAGCAGGCCGCCCCGGUGGGGAAGCUGUGCCCUGCCCGUUCUGCAGACAGCCCACAGCCGUGCCGCCCACUGGGGUCCCCGCGUUGCGCACCAGCCGCCAGCUGCAGGCCCAGAUGCCUACACACCUGCGGUGCGAGCAGCCUGUGUGGCUGGAGGGCACCAAGCUGUACUGCCAGCCCCCGCCUGCUGCUCCCGGCCACGCGCCUGGCUUCGUGUGUGUGGACGUGGGCCUGAGCAAGCCCACGGAGCCUGCGGUGCCUGAGCCCCCGCCCGCCCGCCGCCAGGGCCGCCUGGCCCGCUGCUGGGCGCGCUGCCGGGACUGGAAGCGCAUGGCGCUGGUCUCCGCCCUGCUGCUGGUGCUCUUCUGCGUGGUGCUCUGGCCCGUGCAGUGUGCACUCAAGACUGGGAACUUGCGCUGCCUCCCCACGCCGCCCGCCGCCGCCUCCCCCUCCCUGGCCCCUCUCUCGCUCGGGCCUCUGACCGACGACUAG